AUGAUAAAUGAGCUUCGUAAAGCAGGAACGAGUAUUUUUCGCAUGAAUUUUAGUCAUGGUUCAUAUGAGUACCAUCUAAGCGUGAUGAAUAAUGUAAGAGAAGUGGAAAGGUUACAUCCGGGUUCUUUAUUAGCUAUUGCUUUAGAUACGAAAGGACCAGAGAUCCGGACAGGGAGUACAGUUUGCGGUGAAGACAUUCAUGUUGCAGCAGGACACGAAAUGUUAGUUUCUACUGAUCCACAGUAUAUUAACAGUUGCAAUGAUCAAGUGAUGUAUGUGGACUACGAUAGAAUAUGUAGUGUGAUAAAAGAGGGUCGUAUUUUGUAUGUAGAUGAUGGAGUAUUGUCACUUCGUGUUCUUGAAAUUAUCGAUUCGCAAACGCUCAAGGUAGUCUGUCUCAAUAGUGGCAUGAUUUCAAGUAAAAAAGGAGUCAAUCUUCCAGGUACGGAAGUAGAUCUUCCUACUUUAAGUGAAAAAGAUAUUAAAGAUCUUAAAUUUGGAGUUGAAAAUGGCGUCGACAUGAUUUUUGCUAGUUUUAUUCGAAGUGGUUCUGAUAUUGUUGCAAUAAAAAAAGUUCUUGGUGUUGCUGCUGAUACGAUAAAAAUUAUUGCAAAGAUAGAAAAUAAGCAGGGUAUUGACAAUUUUGAUAAUAUUCUACAGGAAGCAGAUGGGAUUAUGGUUGCACGAGGUGAUAUGGGUAUCGAAAUUUCUCAAACACAAGUUUUUAUUGUUCAAAAAAUGAUGAUUUCCAAGUGUAAUCUUGCGGGAAAACCAUGCAUUUGUGCUACACAAAUGCUUGAACAUAUGAUUAGUAACCCACGUCCCACACGUGCUGAAAUUAGUGAUAUUAGUACGGCAAUAUUAGAUGGUGUUGAUUGUUGUAUGUUAAGUGGAGAAACAGCUAAAGGGUUGUAUCCUGUUGAAUCAGUAGCAGUUAUGCGUGAAACAAUUCUUUUAGCCGAAUCAAUUGUACGCUAUGAACUCCUCUUUAAUGAAUUACGGCGAUUGGCUUCUAAGCCUAUAUCUGUAACGGAAGCAGUAUGUUGUGCUGCCGUUGAACUUCAGUUGAGGCAUGCUGCAAAAGCUAUUAUUGUUUUAUCAUCAUCUGGAUUAACAGCUCAUUUUUGUUCGAAAUACCGUCCACAAGCACCCAUUAUAAUGGUUACGCGCAGCAGAACGACUGCUCGGUUUUCGAAUUUGUACCGUGGGGUAUAUCCAUUGUUGUAUCUUGUUCCAAAACCACAAACUACAGAAGGCUGGCAGGAAAGCGUAAAACUUAGAAUCAAAUGGGCUAUUGAACAAGCACUUGAAAUCGGGAUGGUACAACCCUGCGAUAGUGUUGUUAUUAUACAGGGUUAUCGUGAUGGCUUUGGGAAUAGUCAUUCUAAUACUAUCCGGCUCCAUAAAAUAGCAUAA